AGAGAGGAUAUUAUGCAGCUCACAGUCGUCUUGUACAAAAUGUGUUUUAAUAAAAAAAAUGUAUAUAAAAAAAAAAAAAAAACUUCACGUCACUGCUUUGUGCUGUCUUAUUUUGUCAGUAACCGGAAGCUGCGUGCUGUAUUGUCUCCAGCUUCCCACUGGUCCAGAGACAGAGGAGAGGAUGUGACUACAGCCUCUCUAGCGUGCUCCUCCUCGGCCCUUGUUUGUUUCUCCUCCUGCCUUUCACCGUCGACAUGGAGCUCGCUGGGAAUUAACAGGCGUGUACCUCUUCCAGUCCUCAUCCUUUACCUUUUGGAGAAUGAUCCACCGGCAGGUUAUUUUACCCCAGGUUUUGGUCUGCUUUGGGUUGACUGGUCAUUAUGCUGAUGCAGCUCUGUAGUAUCAAGAACUUGUACCAGAACCGGUUCCUGGGCCUGGCGGCCAUGGCCUCCCCGACCCGCAGCAGCCAGACCCGCCAGCGCUGCAAGGAUGCGGUUCGACACAGCUACGGGCCGGACUCCUAUGCCGUCAACGGUCUGACCCAGGAGGAGUUCAUGCUGGGGCUGUCGCGGUCCACCAGCGACACCGAUCUGGUCUCCCCGGACGCUCGCUCCACCCUCACCAUCAGCUCCUCCCACUACACCAUAGGCCAGUCUGACGACCUGGUGAUCACGUGGGACAUCAAGGAGGAAGUGGACGCCGGAGACUGGAUCGGCAUGUAUCUUGUUGAUGAGUCUUUGUCUGAGAACUUCCUGGACUACAAGAACCGAGGCAUCAACGGAUCUCACAAGGGACAGAUCGUUUGGAAAAUUGACUGUAGCUCCAACAUCAGUGACCCUGAGACCCGGGUCUGCUUCAGGUACUACCACGGUGUCACCGGAGCUCUGAGGGCCACCACACCCAGCAUCACCAUAAAGAAAGUUUCUCCACCGGUAUUAAAGCCAGUAGUUAGUCCUGAAGUCAACCAUGGACUGGGCAACAGGAGACUCAUCAACUUUUCCUUGUCAGACCUCCAGGCGCUUGGUUUGAAGAAGGGGAUGUUCUUCAAUCCCGACCCCUACCUGAAGCUCUCCAUCCAGCCUGGGAAGCACAGCAUCUUCCCCUCGCUGCCACAUCACGGCCAGGAGAAACGCUCCGCAGUGGUCUGCAACACAGUCAACCCACAAUGGAACACCGAGAGGUUUAGCUUUGUGUCUCUGCCCACUGACGUCCUGGAGAUCGAGGUGAAGGAUAAGUUCGCCAAGAGUCGGCCGAUCAUCAAGCGUUUCCUCGGGAAGCUGUCCGUCCCCGUCCAGAGGCUGCUGGAAAAACAUGCCAUCGGGGAUCGGGUAGUGAAUUAUACGCUGGGUCGCAGGUUGCCAACAGAUCAUGUCUGCGGCCAGCUGCAGUUCCGCUUUGAGCUGACCUCUUCUAUACACCCAGACGAUGAGGAGAUCUCCUUGGUCAUAGAGGCAGCCUGUCCUGAGGGGGGAAAUGCAGCACAUGACAACCACGUUGCUGAUGAUGACACGCUGAGCGUGGGACCUGACAUGCCCGACCUCCCCCUGGAUGCCCCUUCUGACCCGGAGACCUCGGCACCACCAGCCUCCACAGCGGGAGCCUCCACGCCCGAGGAGGUCGGUCCCGCUGAGACGGAGGAGGCUGAGACGACACCGGAGGAGCUAGAAGCUGUCGAGGAGGAGAGCACGGUGAGGGAGGAGCCCCCGUCUGCAGAGCCACAGGUGGAGCAGGGGGAGGAUGAACAGCAGGAGGAGAACAGUGGAGAGGAGGGAGGAAGGGAGGAGAGUCAGUGUGAGGGAGAAGAGGAGGAGCAGAGAGCACCGCAAGCUGAGGAGGAGGUGACGGGAGAAGGAAAGGAGGUUGCGGAGGAAACGCAGCCGAAGCCAGACUCUGACAAUCCGGUAGUAACAACAGAUGAUGGGGCUGCUACCAUGGAGACCCCCACGGAGGGAAACAUCACAUCCUCUGUAGAACAAGCUGACGGGGCCCCACAGGAGGCGACGGAGGGAGGAGAAAGAAGCAGCGUCCCCUGCACGUGCCAAUCCCCCUUCUCAAGCUACAACUCCAACACUCCCCCGCGACGCAAAAACCGCCCCUGCUCCCUCCCGGUGUCGGAGCUGGAGACGGUGAUCGCAUCGGCGUGCGGCGAGCCGGAGACGCCCCGGUCCCACUACAUCCGGAUCCACCACCUCCUCCACAGCCUCCCCUCGGCCCAGCAGAGAGCUCCCAGCCAGGAGGAGGAGGACACUGGGGAGGGAGACAAUACGAGCACCAUUCAGGACACCACCUCCACGUCUCCAACACUUAAAACCUCCAAAGACGAGGAGAGGCAGGAGGAUGAGGACGAGGAGGAUACAACCCAGUCUCCCUCUCAGGUCCCAGAGUGUCCAGGCCCCUGCUGCCGUCGCUCCCUACCUCGCAGCCUCUCCAUCGAACGUCUCUCUGAGCUGAACCAGCUCCUGGAAGGAGAUGGAGGAGGAGGAGGAGGACACACAGCGGUCAGGAGGAUCUCUCCCUCCUGCCUGGAGAGCGAAGAGGGAGAUUCCAGCAACGGAGGAGGGAGAAGAGUCACCCACCGACACCCGGGCGAGAACGAGUGCGAGUUUUGCGACACCUCCUGCUACAGCACCUCGUGCUACAGCACCUCCUGCUACAGCACGUCGUGCUACAGCAACUCGGGCUACGAGGGCAGGGGCCGCUUCUGCAGCCACACCCGCCUCUCCUCGGUGGACAGCAACAGGCUCUCCGGCAGCACCGUGUUCUCCUCCCAGGACGAGGACGAAGACGAGGAGAGCGCCUUCGAGUCGGUGCCCGACGCCGGCCUCACGCCGGAGGGCCAGGAGGCGGGCGGGGCCGGAGGAGAGAGGAGGACGGGGAGGUUGAAGGAGGCCAGGAGAGGAGAGCAGGGGGAGCCAGCUGUGGCGGGGCCCAGCGACAGAACCAACAUCGGCUCAGACUUCUCCCCUCCUGUUGGCCAUCUUCCAGUCCUGCGACCCAGCCAUGACCUAAACCAUUUUCCUGCUGCCACUGACCAAGCCUUACCUCCAAACUGGGAAGCUCGUAUCGACAGCCACGGCAGAGUUUUCUACGUGGACCACGUGAACCGGACCACGACCUGGCAGAGGCCGAGCAACGGCGGCAAGUGUAGCCACGGUAUCCCCCGCUCGGGAUCCACACAGCAGAUGGAGCAACUCAACCGCAGGUACCAGAACAUCCAGAGGACCAUGGCCACAGAGGAGGACGGUGGGAGUCCCAGGCUAGAGCGGAGCGGCAGCACAGAGACUGAUCCUGAUACACCUCCGCCAACAGGCCCCGCCUCCCCUGUCAAUCACCAGAAGAUCAGCCAUCUCCUCCAGUCACCUGCUGUCAAGUUCAUCACACACCCAGAGUUCUUCACUGUGUUGCACAGUAACUAUGCAGCCUACCGGAUGUUCACCAGCAGCAGCUGUGUGAAACACAUGAUCCUGAAGGUGCGUCGCGACGCCAGGAACUUCGAGCGCUACCAACACAACCGAGACCUGGUGGUUUUCCUCAACAAGUUCGCAGACGUUCAGCUGGAGCUGCCCAGAGGCUGGGAGAUCAAGACCGACCCCCAGGGCAAGUCUUUCUUUGUGGACCACAACAGUCGAGCCACGACCUUCAUCGACCCUCGCAUCCCUCUGCAGAACGGCCGGCUGCCCGGCCACCUCGCUCACAGACAACAUCUGCAGAGACUACGCAGCUACAGCGCCGGGGAGGCCUCUGAUGUGUCCAGGAGUCGUGGGGCUUCUCUGAUGGCCAGGCCCGGAAACAGCCUAGUAGCCGCCAUACGAAGCCAGCACAACAACAACUCCCAGCUCACCGCUCCGUCUUACAAUGACAAGAUAGUGGCGUUCCUUCGACAGCCCAACAUAUUUGACAUGUUGCAGGAGCGACAGCCGAGCCUCAGCAGAAACCACGCGCUGAGGGAGAAAAUCCACUACCUUCGAACAGAAGGGACUCAGGGGGUGGAGAAGUUGUCAUGUGAUGCAGACCUCGUCAUCCUGUUAAGUUUGUUCGAAGAGGAGAUCAUGUCGUAUAUUCCGCCUCACCCCAUCCACCCCGGCUUCAACAUCUCCCCUCGCUGUUCCCCCGCCUCCUCGCCACAGAACUCUCCCGGCCUGCAGAGGGCGAGGGCUCCAGCUCCGUACCGCAGGGACUUCGAAGCCAAACUAAGAAACUUCUACCGGAAAUUAGAAGCCAAGGGCUACGGACAGGGACCGGGCAAGAUCAAGUUGCUGAUCAGGAGAGAACACCUGCUGGAGGGAACCUUUAACCAGGUGAUGGGUUACUCCCGCAAAGAGCUGCAGAGGAACAAACUCUACGUCUCCUUCCUGGGAGAGGAGGGAUUGGACUACAGCGGUCCGUCCAGAGAGUUCUUCUUCCUCUUGUCUCAGGAGUUGUUUAAUCCGUACUACGGCCUGUUUGAAUACUCGGCUAACGAUACUUACACCGUUCAGAUCAGCCCCAUGUCAGCAUUUGUUGAGAACCAUCUGGAAUGGUUCCGUUUCAGUGGCCGUAUCCUGGGCUUGGCUCUGAUCCAUCAGUACCUGCUGGAUGCUUUCUUCACCAGACCCUUCUACAAGGCCCUGCUCAGACUGCCGACAGACCUGUCUGAUCUGGAGUAUCUGGACGAGGAGUUCCACCAGUCUCUGCAGUGGAUGAAAGACAACGACAUCACUGACAUCCUGGACCUCACCUUCACCGUCAACGAGGAGGUCUUCGGCCAGGUGACGGAGCGGGAGCUGAAGUCGGGCGGCUCCAACCUCCAGGUGACUGAGAAGAACAAGAAGGAUUAUAUAGAGCGGAUGGCCAAGUGGAGGGUGGAGAGAGGGGUGGUGCAGCAGACGGAGGCGCUGGUCAGAGGCUUCUACGAGGUGGUAGACUCCAGGCUGGUGUCUGUGUUUGAUGCUCGGGAGCUGGAGCUGGUUAUCGCCGGUACGGUCGAGAUUGACCUCAGUGACUGGAGGAGCAACACAGAGUACAGAGGAGGUUACCAUGACGGCCACAUAGUGAUGCGAUGGUUCUGGGCCGCCGUGGAGCGCUUCAACAACGAGCAGCGUCUUCGCCUGCUGCAGUUUGUCACCGGGACAUCCAGCGUGCCGUACGAAGGCUUCGCCGCACUGCGGGGUUCCAACGGCCUCCGACGGUUCUGUAUCGAGAAGUGGGGCAAAGUCACAUCACUACCCAGGGCUCAUACCUGUUUUAACCGUCUCGAUCUUCCUCCAUACCCGUCAUACACCAUGCUGUAUGAGAAACUGCUCAUCGCGGUAGAGGAAACCAGCACGUUUGGCCUGGAGUGAGCCAGACGACACCGCAUCCCUCUCUCUGUGACACUGGCUGGGCUACAAUGUGACAAAAAGAGCAGCUCUCAUGGGCUCAAUACGUCGUAAAGAUACCCGGAUUGUACUCGACAAAGUCUUCGGUCUUGUGGAUAUAUGUCACUGUGUGUUAGAGUCUCUCACUUAGCUAUGAGGAUCUUCAUGACAGCACUUAGUACACCACAGCAGGACUACGGUUAUUUUUCUACUAAUCAUUGAGACUGGAGAAUAUGUAACACUACGAGUGUUUUUAAAAAAAUAUUUAUAUAUAUUUAAAUAUAUAUGCAUACCCAAAGAAAGGGUAUGUAAAAUGGAAUCAAGAUCAUUUAAAGUUGCAUGUACCAAAAUGCAUCAUCCAUCCAAUGAUGCAAUACAAAAAGUUACAGCUACAAGUCAAAUUAUUGCCACACACUGGCACUGAAAACAAGAACUUUACAUCACAUCUAAGACGUUGCUACGACAGCUAAAUACUUGAGAAGUUGUUGGAAUUUAUCUUUAAAUGUAUCCUUACAGCUGGGUUGAAAAUUUUAAUUCACAGAAAGGAUUUAAGUGAUAAAGUAAUGAACGAUAAAAAAAAACAUAGUAUGCUCUUAUGCUGUAAAGACAAGGAGAAACAGAGUAUAGUCAGUAGGAAAACUAAAAGAAAUAUAGACGGAGACCAAGACAAGCAUUUAAAUGACUACUGCGCAAAUAAUGCAAACAGUGCAAUAAAAAGUGGUUCAAAGUAUAAUGCAGAUUUAAACAAGCUCCUCACACAGAUGCAAACUCUGGUAGCUCUGAUGCCAAAGGAACAAUUAUAUCUUGUUUUUUUUAAUCUGGAGAGUCUACAAGGAUCAUUAUUUAUGUUAUCUGGACCGUGAUGGGCCCAGUAGGAACCUGAGACUGGGAUCUGGUACAUAAAGAAUUCAAGAUAUGCGAUGUAGCUUUGUGCCAGAAGCCAGUCUAAGGUCUAGGCCAAGGGGCCUUUGGGGGUAACCAGUAGAACCUUACAAUCGAAUCUAAAACUAAAGAAACGAUGUAAAGAAUUAUAUAGAUCUUUGUCUGUCGGUUCCAGUCAGAGCUGCAGAAGUUUAAGCAACAAGAGACAGCAGGAUGGAUUACUUUUUACUAGACCACUUAGCAUUUGGGUUUAAGUUCAAGAAACCCUGGCAAAUAAUGGCACUUAAGGAAUCCUGCACUUUGCAAGAUGAUUAAGAAGCGAGGCUAAGGCUGUCAGGAUCACUAUGUUUAAUUGGCAGAAACAGAUGUGAAGGCAAAAAAAUAUGUUUGCAAAUAAUUCAAUGAGUCCAAGAAGAGUCUUAGGGGGCCCAAAUGUGAUCCCUGAGAAACUGUUGAGGAUUUUGAUGAGAUAACUAAAAUGAUUUACUGGGAAAAUAGGAGCUGGACCACUGAAAGGAUACAUCACCGUCAAUAAUAGUUAAGCCAACCAUACAUAUUCUCUUGUUGUACUCUCCUAUAAUGAUAGCAGUGAAGUUUCUUUUUCAAGCAAUAUCAAUGUCUUCGCCAAGCUCCUCAGUAAUUAGCAGAGACACAUGCUAAAAGUCUUUCUUUUGCUUAGAAAUAGGAGUGGUCGGGCACACUGAAACUUGGGAAAGGGUAAUAUAGGGAUAGUUCAUAAACAAUUGGCCUUUGGUCUAAUUAUGAUACAGCACACUCGACAGCAAAUCCAGGUAAAGGGUGUGGUAUAUCCCCUUAAAAUAGGUGGGUCUAAUGGGUAGUACCAGACUCAACAGCUACUACAAUACUUCAUCCAUUUCAGAUAAUCAAGAUGGUAUCAUCCAGGAAAGGCCUUGAUCUGGACCUUCACCAUCCCAUUCUCUGUCUCCCCGUCCGUCCUCUGGCUCAGUCCAAAGUAAGGACAGCAGCUGGGCGCUGACCUUCCAUGUUCUCCUCUGAAUGGACAGCAAUGUUACUGAUUACUCUCCAAGCUUUCUUGCUCUGCUUUUAAAGGCAGAGACGAUGAUCACGUCUCUAUCAAAGUAGCCAUCGAUUCCAACACAAGGGCUUCUGGGGAUUCCUUCUGCGGAGACGGAGGGUGAUCGUGUCGACCAAGCAAACAGUUUGUGAUUCCUUGACGACAAAGAAUGGACACUGUCUCCAGCUGGUAACUUUCUAUGAAUCCUUGUGGUCAGAGUGGUGCUUCACCUUUUCAGCAUCUCUGGUCCUGCUGUUUGAAUGGGAGAUGGCUCUUAUUCGAGUCCUCCACUGAUGAACUUGUUCUCUCUGACUGUGUAUGUUCACCAUGGCGUUUGCUCUUCGCACGGAGCAGGUACUCCCAAUAUCUCAAACCUUUACCGUUUCAAACAAUGUGACUGGUGCAAAGCAGCAUGUAGGUCUCAAAGGGCCUGGGAUCAUUGGAUCGCCCCACCCGGAUCCGAUCCAGUCCUUCUGGUAUAUACUUGUGAUGUGUACAGGGGCCCUUGGACAAACCAGUGUAAUAUAUGCAAUAGUUAAGACCUUUACUCCAAUGUGUUCCACAGUCUACCAUGUUCUUUCAGACAAUGAGCGACUGCAGUGUACCCUCAGCAUUCCCAGCCCCUCAUCUACAUUUCUAGUCCAGUAAUGGAACUGUGCCUCAGUUACUUACUGCCUCAUGCGUGGCCCGUGGGGUUGUUGGCGCUUCCUCGUUAAGUACUUGAGCCUGACGUAAGGAAAGUCCUGAGUUCGGAUAUUAAUUGCCUUGGUUCUUUUUGAAAACAGUUUGCAUGUUCUCUCUAGUGUCCGUGCGGGUUUCCUUUCAUGCUUUAAACACAAGUCAGGUUCAUCGGAGCCCAUUUUACACAUAACCACCUCACGCGUCUUGGACAGAUAAGCUAUCUGAUAUCAAACAAGCCAAGUAUAAAUGCAACCGAGAAGCAUUAAAGCUGGAUUGAAAUCUGACACAUUUUAGCCAGAUGUUGAAAAGGUUAUAAAAGCUUUCAUUUCUCAAAGCCACAUACAUUAUCUUUACUCCCCCCACGCGUGAUGUCACGUGAGUCAGCAUCGGGUAUGAAGUUUGAAAAUGGAACAAAAAAAAAAAUUUGGGGGGUGUGGAUUUAGAAAGAAGUGAUCUUACCAGACCUCUGUAGCCCACUCCUCAUCUCUGCUUGAGGCUCCAGGCUACAUUAGCCACUACUAGCAUCACACACUCAACUCGCCAACUGAACUGUUGGCCUAUAGUGCUUUGGUCGCCUAAUCCUAACCACAUGUUUAUUUGCCAUGAUGACAAUCUUUCCCUAACCUUAACCACACCAUAGUUGCCAUUGCACAGAUAUUGUACAAAAUGACAAUUUUUUAAAUUGUUGCCAUUGGAUGUAAACAAAAAAAAAAAAAACUUUGGCAUUGAUCAUUAUCUGGGGUUUCACAGAAUCAUCCAAAAUGGACAUUCUUGUCUGGCCACGGGUUUAAGAUAUUAUGCCCUUCAAAUGCCAAGUGUAAAUAGGGCCAAAAUUACACACAGAGUAAAAAGCAUUUGUCUAUUAGCUUCAUAGACCAUAUAUUAAAAGCGGACGUAGUCACCGUGAUGUCACCCGUUGGUUUGUGGACUACCGUUUUGAAGCCUUGGGUUUGGCAUUGUGGCGUUCGCUAUCUUUUUUGUUUGUUUUUUGGAACCAGAAGUGAGCAUGUUUUGAAGAGAGGGUGGAGCUGGGGAAGAGCAGGUCCAAUUACCGUUAGCAGCUAACACUAGCUAGCUUAGUUAGCGAGGUCUAUCCGUAAUUCAUGUUAACUGUGAUAUUAAUUGGGGUGCUGAUUUUGGCUAGCAAAAAAAACAGGCUUGUUUGGAAUGUACUUAGUAGAAAAAAAAAUGAACAGCCGACUCCUUCGAGUGUCUUUUAGUACAAGCGAACGCUGAACAAUGCAGUGACAGCGACGCCACGGUAGCGACGCGUUAAUAACAUGGUAUCCACAUCGUAAUGCAUAUCAUCUAUUUGACUCUAAAUGGGACCAUAAUUUACUAAAUGAACAUCAUGCUGUAUUGAAGAAGACUCGAAACUAGUGAUUUAAACCAUAAACUCAUUGGGAAAAUGUUUACUGAGGUAAUAAAUCGACUGAGAAUUACUGACAUGUACUCAUAGACUUCUACUGUCGCCCCCUGCUGGCUAUUAGAAGAGUACAAGUUUAAGGCACUUAAGCAUUGGCUUUCCUUUUCAUACCCGGAGGUUGCCCCUCGGUUAGCCUCGAGAAACUGGCAACCUAUACAGCAUCCUUCCUUAUUAUUCACCCAAGGCAUGCUGGGAUUACCCCUAACUCUGAAUAGGAAUAGGUGGGUGUAAGGAACAGAUAGAUGUGUUUUACACACGUCCACAUGUUUGACAGAAUUCGGCCACAGCCGAACCUUUGACCGCCAUUAACCGGUACUAUUUUUUGAAAACAACAGGUUCAAAACUUCACUUUUUUAUUAUUUUUUUUCAUUUUGAAAGACCUAAAUGGUGCUUUAUUUGCUCUCUAGCUACAGAAGUUAUCAUAAUGGGGGAAUGGGGCACUACAAAAGCAACAUAAAUCCAGGAUUUUGCUGUUUAAUUCUUGCAGAAGUUUAGACCACUGCAUAUAUAUGUAUAUAUAUAUUAGACUAAGCAAAUUUAAGAAUGAUUAGAAUCAAAUAGCUGUCACUGUACAGAUCAGUAUCAUCCUUUGGCAGUGACGAGGCCUUAUCCACACAUCUCUACAACCAAGAGGACAAGGCUGUGAUUAUGUUGCAUCUUCCCCCGUCUUUUCUUUUCUACAAUCUUUUGUACUGUUAUUUAUACUGUAUUGUAUUUAUAAGUAAAAGGGAAGUCCCGGAGCUUUCCUUGAAUGUUUUGUUUGUUUUGCAGUUUUUUGAUGAUACGACAAGAAGCAUCAGUCGAAGAGUUUGCCUUCACUGUUGAAGCCUUUGAGUUUUGAUAUGUGUGUCUUUUUCUAUUAUCUAUUAAGCUAGCUGGUUAUAUCUGAAAUGUGCUUACCGUGGAGUCGGUUUCUGUUUCAUAUUUCUCUUUUUUCUGUUUGCAUCGUCAGUUUCAUUAUUGGGGUUCUGUCAAUAUUUUCAGGAAUUUUUUUAUCCAUAUCACGGAUGUCUCACUAUGUCAUAAAUUUCAGAGCCGCAUGUAUCCAGCAAAUACUCCGUGCUUCAGACAGUUUAUGACAACAAAUGACAUGCAUUAAAAAUGUUUGUGUGUAAUUUGUUGAAAUUGUUAAGACGGUGUACGGAAGGCUUGUUUUUAUUGGGCUGAUAUGUUCUGAGGAAUGGUUAACAACACUCCCAUAACACUGAUAUGUAAGUGCAUUGAUAGCAGCUAAUAUAGAAAUAUUUAAGUAAGCUUUUGGAGAAGUAAAGAAUCGUGAGGUGUCUACAGAAGGGUACGGUGUUUGUGUCUUUUCAUGCUAUUUAUUUGUGUAUUUAUUUAUUUAUUUUUAAAAGGGAAUUUAACAAAAGGAAUAUGUGAAUGGAUGGAUGGUGGCAUUGCUGGGAGGUAACACUGAAGCAUGCAUAUAUUUUUGUUUCUUGUUUUGUGUGUGUGUGUGUGUGUGUGGAUUAUACACAUAACAUGUACAUAAUGUUCGAAAGGUACAGUUCUGAUUUGUCUGAGAACGGGUUGCUAAAAUACUCAGGCUGUGCUAUCGCUCCACCACACCAUUAAACUGUUUAUGAAUCUCAAUAAAAAGGUCACUUUGUUACGUU